AUGGCGAUCCUAAAAUCGAUACAAUUUUCAGUUUAUGAAUAUAUAACCAAUCCUUCACCCGAAUGUUCAAAAGUUGCUGAAAAGGUAGCAAAUGUCACAAGGGAAGACUUUAAAGAUAAAUUAGGAGGAGAAAUCAAUUGGUUUGUUGAUGGAGCAAGGUAUAAAGUAGGAAAGCAAUAUUAUCUUAAGGUUGGUUUGGAACUAUCGUAUAGAAACAAAGGAAUUUGGGAUACUUUGUUAAACGAAUACGUGAAUGGACCAUUGCUGGCUAGCGGGGUUCCAGGAACUGAUGAAACUUCUGGCGUUAAACAUCGUAGAAAACUAAAUUACAGUAAUACAAAACGUCGUCGAUAA